AUCGAAAACUGAAUAACCGCAAGAAGUGCUGCAGUUUCCCCCCGUCACAAUGCUCCUAUUUUCUGCUUUUUUGAUAUUCGGGUUUUCUAUUGGGUUUUCAGAAGAAGCGAGUUGCAGACAUCCACAUGAGAGGUUUAUUGGAACUAGGUGCUACGCAUUUGUGUCCAAAAAGCAUACAUACAACACUGCCAAGGAAUAUUGUGAUAGCCACGGAUACAGCCUUGCUACCGUCGAUAAUGCUAUCACCUCUAAUUUCUUAGCCUCCUCCGCCGCCACCGAAUUCGGCUCGAACAACGGUCAAUUCUGGAUCGGGCUCUCUCGAAAAAAGGACUACGAGCUCUUCAACUGGGAUGACGGGACUAUUGUCUCCUACACCAAUUUCGAAGCAGGAUUCCCUAAUAAACAGGAUUUUGUCGCUGAAAACGUGAGAAACGGAAGAUGGCAAACUCUCGCAGAGCACAAGGAGCUUGAGUUCGUGUGCUCUUAUGAUCCAACAGCGACAACCAGUGCUGCACCAACAACUAUACCACCAACAACUACCACAACUAGGGCUCCAACUACAACUACGGUCAGGAAAACUACACAAACUACAGCAACUACCAUGACAACUCCAAAACCAACAACUACAGUUUCCACCACUACAACAACUACCGUACCACCAACAACCACUCCAAAAGCCUGUCCACAAGGAUUCGUGUUGUUUGAGCCUACGCAAAAAUGCUAUAUUGUUCUUGUCUACGGAAACGACUCGGAUUACCCUGAUGUACCGGAUGAUGCUCCGUUCUUGACAAGAGAGAAUCAAAGAUGUGCAAAAUAUGGAGCAACUGUUGCAACAAUUCAUUCGUCGGAUCUCAAUGAUCUUUUUAGAUCAUUGAUCUACGAACGUUUCAAUGAUACACGAUAUGCCACCAUUGGUCUCCGAAACAUUGACAUGAAGACAAUUAGUGGAAAAUGGCAAUGGUUUGAUGGUACCUCUCCGGAUUAUUUGAACUUUGGAAAUAUGUUCCCAAAAACUGGAGAUUAUAUUGCACAGACAUCUUCGCAAGGCUUCUGGGUGAGCUACACACAUACUGCACCAAACGAGGGAGUUGUUUGUUCUGUGGACUUUUAAAUUUUUGCAUAAAUCGUUUCAUAAUUUCAAAUUUCAAAUUUCUGUUUGUAUAUUCCCUUGUAAUAAAAACUUAAAUUUCUUU